UUUAAUUAAGAGAGAUUUGCCUACAAUACAACUAGCAGCUUCUUAAAACUCAGCCAUGGCUUUUCCCAAGCCCUUCUUCAUUCUGUCUUUGGUGGUGAUUUUGUCACUCUCAAACACCCAUAUGACUGAAGCAGCUCGCCACCUUUUGGACACACCGGCAGCAGCUCCACCUCCAGCAUUGGCAUUCCCUACAAUCCCAUCUCUGCCAAAACAAACACUGCCUCCAUUGCCUUCAAUACCAACACUUCCCAAGCCCUCGAACACCUUGCCUACAUUUCCAACAGUCCCAACUCUGCCCAAGGCCACAUUGCCUCCAUUGCCCUCUACCCCAUUGCCUACCCUUCCAACUACUCUGCCUCCAUUGCCAAGCUCUCAAAUGCCUUCUUUGCCAAAACCUUCAGCAUUGCCUACGUUGCCCACAACACUACCUCCAUUGCCAGCCAAUCCACUGCCCUCUCUCCAAAUCCCAACAACAAUCCCUUCUAUCCCCACUAUUCCAUCAACAUUUCCGACCAUUUCAUUCCUCUCCCCACCCCCAUCAAAUUAAUUAAACCAUUUGAGAUUUGAGAUAUAUGGAUUGAUCUCUUUAUGCUUGCUAGGUCCUACAACCAUCUAAUUUCUUGUAUUUCUCGUGUCAGAGAGCUUGUGAGGAUGCUAUUUUUCACGAAUUCUUUCUUGUUGGGUUUCAU